UCUGCCGCUUCCACGCCGCCGAUGACGUCUGCCGCUUCCACGCCGUUGAUGACGUCUGCCGCUUCCACGCCGGCACCAACAUCGGCUCCUCAGCCGCCUCCUGCAGAGGUAUCUGUUUUGGCUGCAGCCCCCGCCGCUUUGUCUGCUGUCUCCGGGCCUGCUUCAGCGCGCCCGCCUCCACGUCAGCCGCGGAUGUGGCCGUGCCCUGGGCGUCCUCCUCGCGGGAUGCACUCGUCUCUUUUUCGGCCAAUGAUGUGGCUGUUCCGUGGCCGCCCGCCCCGCCAGUUCCAGCGGCGCUCUACGCGCCGUCGCCACCUGACUUUCCCUCGCUGGCUGCGGGGACACAAGGGAACAUCUGGUAUCUGUUCCUUGAGGGGGAGGUCCUGUAACGAUCUGUCACUUACUUUCUGAUAGUUUUUCGUGUUUUGUACUUUGUUUCCUGUUCAGUGCUCUUAUUUUGUCAUACUUCCUGUUUACUCCGCUGAGCACUGUUUUUGUCACACUCGCCGUUGAUUGGCAGCGGUCCUCAGCUGCGGUCA